UUACAUAACACAGAUGUUUUUGUAUUACGAAAGUUAGAAGCUCACACAUGUCCUCGGGAUGUGAUAAUGCCUCACCACAGACAAGCAGGUAAACGGACACUUGGAAAAAUAUUGCAAUCUGUGUUUACUGCUUCUAAUCGAAUCUAUAGGCCAAAAGACAUUAUAACGGAUGUGGCAGAUAGAUACAAAAUAGAUAUCUCCUAUACUCAAGCUUGGCGUGCUAAGAAUUGGGCGUUGAAUGAGAUUAGAGGUUCUCCUGAAGAGUCGUUCAGACAAUUACCUGUAUAUUGUUACAAUUUGGAACAAAAAAACCCUGGCACCAUUACACACAUUGACACUGAUAUGGAUAAUCGGUUUCGUUUUGUCUUUAUGGCCUUAGGUUGCUCAAUUAGAGCAUUUCGAGAAUAUUGUCGUCCUGUUAUUUGUAUUGAUGGAUCCUUUUUAAAAGGACGUUAUUGGGGUACACUGUUUGUUGCUGUGGGUAAAGAUGGAAACAACCAAAUUUAUCCUUUGGCUUUUGGUGUAGGGGGAAAGGAAGAAACAAUGACUUGGACCCCUUUUUUGAGAGCGUUACAUGGGUGUAUAGGUGAUAUUCCAGAUUUGGCCAUCAUUUCAGAUAGACAUCAUGCUAUCAUUCACUCCGUGCGAGAAGUAUUCCCAAAUGCACACCACGGUUGGUGUAACCACCAUAUAAAAGGUAAUAUGCGAAGCAAGUAUAAACAGACAAAGCAUAUAGAUGGGUUGUUUUGGCGAGCAGCGAAAGCUUAUCGAUUACCAGAUUUUGAGGGUGCAAUGCGAAUGAUUAAUGAAGAAAAUCCUUCAGCAGGUGCAUAUUUACAGGGUAUAGACUAUGGACGUUGGGCCCGUGCUUAUUUCCCAGGUAUUCGAUAUAAUAUAAUGACAACAAAUAUUGCUGAGUCGUUUAAUGCCUUAGCACGACACGCACGAAAAUUACCGGUUAUGAUGCUACUUGAGUUUUUGCGUUCUACCAUUCAGAAAUGGUUUUACUCUCGGCGCACUAUGUCAGAGGCUUCUACUAAUAAACUCACUCCGUGGGCUGAGGAGAAAAUAGCAGGUCAUAUCCUAAAAUCAGCUAACAUGGUUGUCAAACCAAUAAGUAUGCACCGAUAUGAAGUCCACGGUGUGGCCCAAUCGAUCGCUAUAGUGGAUCUAUGUGCGCAGGAGUGUAGCUGUAAGAAAUUUCAAUUGUCACAUAUUCCGUGUACACACGUUGUAGCCGUGGCUAGGUUUCAGAAUCUUUCGGAUUGUUAUCAAUGGGUUAGUAAAUACUAUUCAACCGAAUAUUGGCAAGCAGUAUAUCGAGAGAGUGUUGAACCACUAGGAGAUCCUUCUGAAUGGUUACGUCCGGAGAAUCUUCCCGAGAUCCAGCCACCUCUAAUACAGAAUCGUCGUUCAGGCCGACCGUCAGAACAAAGAAGGAGACCAUCGCAGGGGGAGGAAGUACGUCAACCUGUUUGUAGUCGGUGUCGCGAGCGUGGGCAUACUAGACUUACUUGUGCGAACCCUUUAUAAUUGCGUACAUCCAGAUGUUUAGGAUGUGCAAUUUGAGGAAACUGGGCACUACAGCGCAAUUUGAGGAUAAUGGGAACUAAGGGAAAUUAUUUUUUCUGUUUGGAUGUAUCAAUAGAUUUGUUUUUAUUUUGUAUUGUUGUGUAAUGAUAUUUUUUGCAACAUUUACUUUGUUUGUAUCCAAGGGAAGAUAUACUAGGUGUUUUUGAAAA